AGGUAAUGCUGAGGUGUUUUGUUAGCAGAUGCUUUUUGACAAAUCCUGUCGCAGGUCAAACAAGAAAGAUGUCUGGGGGCAGUCUUGCUGGGUCUCAAAGCAGUCUUUCAGGGAAGGUUGCCAUAGUGACUGCCUCCACCGAUGGGUAAGGAAUGGCUGUGCCAACCGUUUGCUGGGGAUGUAUUUCAUUUGUUUAUAGUGAAUUGCCCUCAGGCUCUGGUCCUAUGGUGAGUUUUUCGUGACCGCUUGGCCUCACCUGGAAAAACUCUGGGCACUUAGUUAGCAUAUCGGGAGUCCUAUAGGGCGGCGCAUAAUUGGCCCAGCGUAGUCCGGGUUAGGGGGGGGGUUUGGCCGGGGUAGGCCGUCAUUGUAAAUAAGAAUUUGUUCUUACCUGACUUGCCUAGUUAAAUAAAAAUAUAUAUAUUUUUUAAGUGUCUAGAGAACAGGGGCCAGAGUUUUUCCUGCUCAGGCCACACAGUCAGAGAAAACUCUGGGCCUUACAUCAUGCACAACAUACAUGCCUCCUUCUCCUACAGACUGUCUUCUUCUUCUUCUUCUUCUUCUUCUCUUCCAGAAUUGGUCUGGCUGCAGCUCAGGCUCUGGGGCAGAGAGGGGCUCACGUUGUGGUGAGCAGCAGACGUCAGUCCAACGUGGACAAAGCCGUGGAACUAUUGCAGAGUGAGAAGAUACAAGUGACUGGGACGACUUGCAACGUUGGGAAAAGUGAAGACAGAGAAAGACUGGUUAACAUGGUAAAGAAAAAGCCAAUACAUUUUGCUAGCAGGUGCACCCAGAGUAGACAUCAGUUGAUCAUUCUGUCUUGGCCUGUUAAAAGGGGAUCAGAACGUGACAAUUUCGUAUUCAAAUUCUAUUCAUUCAAAUGAUGUGACCACCAUCACACUCAUCUUCACCACAGUGACAUUCCAGUACAGCACUGAUACUGUAGUUUCCACUUCUUGACACAGAGUCAAAGGCACAGCCAUCAGUCACAUGCCCAUACUGAAUGUCAUUGUUAUUUUUUCCCAUUCUGUUUAGACAGUGGAACAUUGUGGUGGUAUUGACAUCCUGGUCUCAAACGCAGCAGUCAACCCUUUCUUUGGGAACAUCAUGGACUCCACAGAAGCAGUCUGGGAUAAGGUUCGUUAUGUGUCCAAGCAUCUUACAAAUGUUUUGAAAAGCAACUGGACCUAUAAUCUGUCCCAUAUACUGAAGCCUUGAUGCAAUGAAAAUAUGUAACAAAAGUGUUACAUGGCUAACAGUACCAAAUUUCCCUUCGAUUUCAAUUUAACAAGUUAUUUCAAGUACCGGUAUUCAGUAAGUUGUGUAAUGAUUGUGUGAUAAUAAGUAUUCAGUGGUUGAUUUAACAUAGAUGCUUAAGUAUUCAUUGGUUGGUUUAACAUAGAUGCUUAAGUAUUCAUUGGUUGGUUUAACAUAGAUGCUUUGUUGUUCACAUGCUCUUAUGCUGUACUUUUCAACUCCACUCUUCACACAGAUCCUGGAUGUGAAUGUUAAGGCAGCCUUUCUUAUGACCCAACUGGUGGUGCCUCACAUGGAGAAGAGGGGGUGAGAAAGAGAGAAAGAGAGAGAGAGAGAGGGGAUAUAAAUAAUGAAUUAGGAAAGUGUUUUGUGAACUAUACAAAUUACAAUGUAUGUGUUUUCCAGGGGUGGGAGUGUUGUGUUCGUGUCCUCUGUCGCCGGCUACCAGCCUAUGCAGGUAAGCUCCUCUGAUUUUCCCUCUGAAUGGCUAUCGUGUCGAUCAUCUCAGAAUUAGUUUUUGUGUGUGCUAUUACAUUAGAUCAAUUUGCAUUGGUAUGAAUAAUUAUUUGUUCAACAUGACCUUUGACCCCCCCACCACCACCAGGCCCUGGGUCCUUACAGUGUGAGUAAGACGGCCCUGUUAGGACUAACCAGAGCCCUGGCCCCCGAACUGGCCCAGAGCCACAUCCGGGUCAACUGUGUGGCCCCCGGCGUCAUCAAGACCCGCUUCAGCCAAGCAGUGAGGAUCCCCUCCCUUUCUAUUCUGUCAUCUUUACCGGUUUACUCUUUUAAUCUUUGCUUACCCUCCUCACCCCCACUCUUCUAUUUCAAUCACUCUUUUAACCGUUGUUUUCCUAUCUUUUACGUCUAUCAUUCAUACGGAGAGAAGGGAGUUUUUGAUUAUGCUGUGUUCUUAUUCUCUCUCAGUUGUGGCAGGACGAAGACAUUGUGGACGAGUUCAAGAAGCAGCUUAGCAUUAAAAGGUUGCCUUCAACUUCAUUCUUAGGGUACAUCGUUUAGUUUAGGGUACAUUCUUACCCUUGAGUGUUAUUGUUUUUAUGCAGUGUGUCCACAAAUGUGUCUGACCCAUUGUGACUGAAUUGGUAGAAUUUGCUUGUGUAACAGUGAGAGAAAUGUUGCAGUGUUGUUGACGUCAUAUCUGUAUUUGGCCAUCUUUAUGCAUGUUCACCAUGGUGGCCUGUUUGAUUUGUUAUUUGUGUACUAUUCUCCCAGGGUUGGGGAGCCAGAGGAGAUAGGUGGAGUGAUCGCCUUCCUGUGCUCUAAGGACGCAUCCUACAUCACUGGAGAGACCAUCACUGUGACUGGAGGGAUGAGCUGCAGGUUGUGAGACUAGUCGGGCUGGAAAGUGUCAAUAGAAUCUGGCCACGCUGACUGACUGUGACACUCAAAGGAAACAUAAUGCUUGUACUAUAAGAAUGGACUGUAAGACAGGUAGAUUUACUCUACAUUGCAGAGGAAUGGAAUCCUCUAAGACUGUAGUGACCUGAGGACACUAAGGCAGGAAGUGGACAGUGUUGACACCACUGCUGAGAUUAUUACUGACUUUCUUGGUAUCUUUUUAAGUGGGCUCAAUACCUCGUGAGUUAUUAACAAAUUAACACCAUGUUUUUUACUACACUUUAAAGACUGUCACAGCACACUGUAAGCAUUUCUGAGCUCACAAGCAGGGUCCAAACGUCUGUUUUAGCUCCGUCCCACCAUCUCAAGCCAUUUGAAAGUA